AUGAGUUUUAUGGAUAAAAUUAAAUGGCUUGUACUGAUUUCGAUAUCUGUUUCGACGGUAACAGCUGAAGUUUACAGUUGUGGGGGUUUUGUGAAAUCACCAGAUGUUCCAAUCGAUUAUUCGAAAAUACAGGUUAAACUAUUUACUGCUGAAGGAAAUUUGAAAUUUGAAACGGAAUGCAGUCCGACGAAUGGUUAUUAUAUGAUUCCGGUAUAUAACAAAGGAGAUUAUUCAAUACGCCUUUUCGCUCCAGAUGGAUGGUUCUUUGAGCCAAGUACUUUUGAUCUGAAAGUAGAUGGGAAGAAUGAUUUGUGCACAAAAGGUGAAGAUAUAAAUUUUGUUUUGAAUGCUUUCGCUGUGGAAGGUAUACUACGAAGUGGUGAUGGUAAUGGACCUGCAGAUGUUGCAUUAAUUCUUAUUGCUGAAAAUGGUACCAUUGUAUCGGAGGCGAAAACAGUUGCAAAUGGUGCAUAUCGAUUUCGAGCUUCACCAGGAAAAUAUUUAGUAUCAACGGCAGGUAACAGUACAGAAUGCAUUGAGCGUGGUAAAGUACCGGUAUCAAUUACGACAUCACCAAUUCAUGUAUCACCGGAUUUGAAAAUAUCAGGACAUUUGUUAACAGUUGCUGUUUUAUCCAAAAACCAUCAAGUAGCUGGAGUUACUGUAGCACUUUAUUCAAAAAUUGCUGUAAAAUUGUCAUACUGCGACGAGGGAUUAGUUCAUAUGGAAAAAGAAGGAACACAACUUGAUGAAAAGUUUGCUUGCAAAAUGAAAACCGACAGUAAUGGUAUAGCUCAAUUCCCAUGUCUUCCACCAGGACCGUAUACUAUCCAACCAUCUUUUGCUACCGACAAAAUUCGUUUCAGUUUUUCACCAAAAAUGAAGGAAAUCAUGAUGAGAUCAUCAGCGGAGAAGGUUAUUUUCAACACACUUGGAUUUAGUAGCAAAGGUCAAGUGCUCUUAUCUGGACAGCCAGUUGUCGAUGCAACUAUUUAUGUGAAUGGUGAAAUGAAAGGAAAAACCGAUGCAAGCGGAUGGUAUGCACUUGACGGCUUACAAGAUGAAGACUACACAAUAACUGCCAAAAAAGAUCAUUUUGCUUUUAACACGAUAAGCAUUAAAUUGACUGCAAAAAAAGCUGAAAUUCCGGAUAUUGUUGCAGAAAGUGUAGACGUGUGUGUUACGAUAAAUGCGGAAGAAAGCAUUAGUCGUGCAAUGUCAAUCAUUUUUACAAAUCAGCAAACAAAAGCCGUGAAAUUAUUGAGUACUAAAAACGAUGGUAAAACGUGUAGUUUGCAUGCUGUUGGCAGAUAUAUUGUUUCGGUUUCAUCUGUAAGCGCUGUUGUAAUGACCCCAAAACAAAGUGAAAUAGACUUGUCGAAAGGACCUGCGCUUGAUAUUGUAUUUAGUCAGUUCAAAACUGAUGUGAAUAUUAGUGUCAUCUGUAUAGAUGACUGUGUUACUUUGAAGAUGGAAAUGUGGAAAGGAGAAGUAUUAAUAAAAAGCCUUGAAGGCACCGAUCAAUUUAUUUUCUAUGAAGUGCUACCGGAUUCCUAUAAAUUGAAAAUGAUAGAUGACGAUCGAUUUUGUUGGGAAAAAACUGAAAUGGAUAUUGUUAUUGAACGUGCUGACUUAAAUAACCUCAUAUUUCGUCAAGUUGGAUAUCGGACGACAACCCGAUUGUCACAUCCGGCUAAAGCGAAAUGGAGCAUGUUGGAGAAAUCUGAAGUCAAUGGUUCACUUGAUAUACCGGCUGGGCAGUUUUUCUUCUGCAUCCCUUUAACCGGAAUUUAUAUUGUUAUACUUGAAGCUUGUCAUAAAUUUGACAAACAAUCAUACGAAAUUAGUAUUCCACAAAAAGUUCCACUUGUUGCAUCGGCUUCGAAAUUUUUAAUGUCCGCUUCGAUUAAAUUGGACCAUAUGGUGAAUCGACUUAACGAUUUUACCUUAUCUGUGAAAUCCAAUACUGACCAGCAAAUGAUUCCGGUAACUUCUUCGACGGAAAAAAUAUUAACUUUCACAUUUUAUUUAUCAGCAUUGGAUGCUGAUGCACUUGUUACACUUAAACCUCAGUCGAAAACUUAUCUUUUCAAUCCAGCUUCUCAUAUUUUUAAGUUCAACGGUGAAUGUCAUUUGGACGAAAUAACUUUUAGAGCUGAUAAAGGUAUCUUUUUGGAAGGACAAGUGGUGCCAGCUGUCAAAGGUGUGAAUAUCCGUUCAUCACAUAAAAGUGAUCCAAAUGUUAUUCUUGAAUCAGUGACCGAUGCUAACGGCAAAUUCAGGUUGGGUCCAAUGCGAACUGUCAAAGAUUUCGAUAUAACUGCUGAGAAAAGUGGAUAUAAAUUUGAAAAAACACAGAAACUAGGAGUGUUGAAUGCCAUAAAAUUGUCACAACUGAUCAUUAUUGCUACUGAUGCUGAGACGAACGAACCACUUUCUAAUGUACUCAUUUCUUUGAGCGGUGCUGAGAAUUAUCGGUCGAAUAAUUUCAUAGAUAAUACCGGAAAAAUCAUUUUCAUUGGCCUACCACCUGGCGAAUAUUUUUUACGUCCGAUACUACAAGAGUAUAAAUUUGAUCCAAAAUCAAUCACAGUAAAUAUCAAAGCUGGUGAAUUUGAGACAGUAAAUUUGAAGGGGCAUCGAUUUGCAUACAGUGUUUUUGGCAAAGUUUCAUACCCAGCUGAUCAACCAGUAUCGGCAAUGGCUGUCGAAGCGGUGUCGGAACAAUGCAAUCAGUUGCAAGAGGAAGACACAACGAAUGAAAAUGGUGAAUAUCGGAUUCGUGGUCUUCAUCCGAAUUGCGUUUAUCGGUUGGUGUUAAAAACACCGAGCGGUCAGCGCUUGCACUCAUACCCAACACAUUAUCAUAUUAUGGUAAAUGCCGAAGAUGUUAGGAACAUUGAUUUCGUGUUAACACAUAUCGAUGAACGAGUAGAUAUUGCUGGUGAUGUUGUAUUUGUUGAUAUUAAUCCUCCACCGCAGUAUAAAAUUGGUCUUUACAAAAGCGAUAAUUUAGUUCAUCAAACAACCGUUGUGGCACCAUCCACUGUAUUUUUUUUCGAAAUUCCUGCAGUGGAUAAUGUUGUAUACUCGAUUCGAUUUGAAACAAUUUAUGGUAUAGGUAAUCAGAAGUUAGAUUCUACCGAAGUUUUCUUCACCGCAAAUGAAACAUUUAAAGCCGUAUCGUUAACUGUACGUUCACAGCGGAAAUUUGAAGUGGAAAUAUCUGGUGGUAGCUAUUUCGCACUUCCGUUUUUCUUCCUCAUUGCAUAUCUGUUUUUCAAUCAUCAAAAGGCUCUCUCUUUUGUGGAAGACAUAUUUACUGGACUAUCGAACAUAUCGUUACUACAUCGCAGCUUAUCAGCCAAUGAUGAUUAUGUUGAUGUAGCUAGAAAACGACAGAAAUUGAAGAAGGUACAGUAG